UUUACGGGCAGCCGGUGCUACCUUAACUGCUGGUUGGGGGGUGGGGGGGAGGAAGGUUUGGCACGAGCCAAAACGGAGGUGCGUCCCGGGGGGUGAAGCCCAAGGCAGCUCUUGGCGUUUGUUUCCAGUUGGUCUCUGUGCAGAAUGGACCCUGUUGUUUUGAGUUACAUGGACAGUUUACUACGGGAAUCAGAUGUCUCCCUGUUGGAUCCUCCCAGCUGGCUUAAUGACCAUAUUAUUGGAUUUGCUUUUGAGUACUUUGCUAGUGACCAGUUCCAUGACUGCUCAGACCAAGUGUGUUUCGUCAGCCCAGAAGUCACUCAAUUUAUCAAGUGUACCGCCAGCCCAGAGGAGAUCACCAUGUUCCUUCAGCCUCUUGACUUGCCCCACAAAAGAGUUAUAUUCUUACCCAUCAAUAAUAACUCCAAUCAAGCCGCUGGGGGAACUCACUGGAGUUUGUUGGUUUAUCUCCAAGACAAAAAUAGAUUUUCCCAUUAUGAUUCACAUAGCAGGAGCAACUUUGUCCAUGCAAGCCAGGUAGCGGGGAAACUGGAGGCCUUCUUGGGAAAAAGAGGGGACAAAGUAGCAUUUGUGGAAGAGAAAGCCCCUGCUCAGCAGAACAGCUAUGACUGUGGAAUGUACGUAAUCUGUAACACAGAGGCCUUGUGUCAGGGCUUCUUUAAGGGACAGCCGGAGCCACGGCUGCAGCAUCUCACACCUGUGUAUAUCACGAGGAAGAGGGCGGAGUGGAAAGAUCUCAUCUCCAAACUUGCAAGAAAAUGAUUCACUCAGUGCAAUUAUCAUCUUUUCUUGAAUUUCAGCCUUCUCUGUUUGUCUUCCUUUAUAUUCUCUUAGUCUCUAAUUCACCCAAGGCAGAAGGAAAUGCUUGUUGUCAAGGCUGUGCCCUCUCACUUCUUCCUAAAAGAGCAUGAUCUCAGGCAUUGUUGUGACAGUGAAAGGCCACACUAUAACCGUAACUUCAGUGUACUGCAGGCUAUGAAAGUAGCUUAAUUGCAUGUAAGCAGACCUCCAAACAAGUCACUUUCAAAGUUUGGUUAGUAGUCUUUGCAAAAACUUUUAUUUUACUAUUGAUCUAAUACAUUUAACCAUCCAUCUGCCAUUGAAGUACAUUAUUUGUGUGUAUAAUUGGUCUGUGCCAAAUAGAAAUAAAUCAACUUUUUUUCACAGUCUAGAAAAAUGAGGAGCCAUGGUAACAAGGGAGCACUCACUAAAAUAGCAGAAAUGGAAAAUCACAGGAAAAAAAAUUAGUCCCUUACAGCCCAGCCUCUGCAUACAGAAUGAUGAAGGAACUGGAAGCUGAUAAUGACAAAACCUCAGUCAAGCUUUAAGUGGCUAGGAAUCAGUUUUGUUUGUUUAUAUUAGCUGUUUGCUAUUCACCACAAGAAAGCUUCCCUGGCUAUCUGCUUUACCUGUGCAAAUCUUUGAGAAAGAUGAAAUUAUUCACUGACUCACUCUGUCUGAUUCCUAGAGUGCUAGAAAAAAAUAGGAAUAUUGAAUAAUUUUGUACUAAACAAUUGCUGUGGUUAGCCUCUUUAUUUAAUGUAUUGGCAUCGUAGAAGUCGGCUUCUACAUGUAAUGUCAAAAGUUUUUCCUGGCCUCAUCUUUUGUUACCAUUCACACAGCCCCCUGAUUGAAACUUCACAAUUCUAAAGCUCACUGCUAAUAGUUCAUUUAAACAUGGUAAAUAUUAAGCGCCUACUAAGUACAAAGUUCUGCUCGGCACUGUCUUGUCUUGUUGACUCAGUGCAGAGAAAUACUUUUGCCUCAUGAUAGUGGCAUCUUUCUUCUUCCUCUCCUUUCUCCAUUCUGGGAGAAGAGAUUUGUUUUGGUUCAUUCUGAUUCUGUUGUAUUUGUAUCAGAAGUUUAUGCUAUUUUUCAGAAUGUUAAAAAAAAAAAAGGAAAGAAAUCACCACCUUAAACCAUUUUCUUGACUCAAAAUGUAAACACUAUCUGGAACCAAGAAUAAAGAGAAAUACCUCCCCACCCCAAUCACUGGCGUGUGGUGGUGUUUUCCAGUGUACUUUCAAA